AUGGAGGAUAUGAUUUGGAAACGCUUCGCGACGGAAGCUGCUGUCAAGGCGGCGCAGACAACCUCCGCACUACAACAGCUGAAACAUCGACUGACUCCUCAAUCGACUAUUCUCUUCCUCCAAAACGGUUGCGGAAUGAUCGAUGAGGUCAACGAACGGCUAUUCCCCCAUCCCACCGAGCGCCCGAAUUAUAUGGUCGGCGUCAUCUCGCAUGGUGUAACGCUCCGGAAGUCAUUUGAUAUCAAACAUACCGGAUUUGCGGCGACAUCUCUGGGUUUGGUCCCCGGAUCAACGCAAGAGACCACAGAUACAAACCCUUCCAACUAUCUACUUGAUCAACUCCCUCUGUCACCCUGUCUCAACGCCACUGCCUACACCUACACCGAAGUACUUCAAAUCCAACUCGAGAAGCUGGCCGUCAAUGCAUUCUUCAAUCCAUUAUGCGCUCUGAACGACGCCGAGAAUGGGUUUCUGUUCACAAUUCCCGAGACUCGCCGUGCGAUAUUAACAGAGAUCUCGAAUGUGGUUUGCGCUCUUCCGGAGUUACAACAUGUCUCGAGCCUCAGCGAGCGAUUUGCAGUUGAUAAGCUCGAGGCUACCGUGAAUGCAAUUAUCGAGAAGACGUUUCACGCUACUUGCUCCAUGGUGUGGGAUUUGCGAGCUGGUCGGGAAACAGAAGUGAGGUUUAUAAAUGGGUAUUGGGUGAAAAGAGGGAAAGAGAUUGGUAUUGCGACGCCUAUCAAUGAGGAGUUGGUGGAAAGGGUUGAGAUGAGACUGAGUCGGAAUUAA